AUGGAUCUUACCAGUAGGCGUUUUUUGUUAGUUUUGCUUUUGUCACUAAAUAGCGUUUAUUUAUCAACUCAACAAGACUCAACAACUGAAGAAUACUCAACAAUUCAAAAAAAUUUAACUCAAGAGAACUCAACAAUUGAACAAAACGCAAUAAGUGAAGAAAAAACUUAUCAAAUACCAGAAGUGGUCAGAGGUGACUGGUUUUCUUGGGAAAAUGGCAGAAAUACACGAACAGAAAUUAAUGCCGAUCACAUGACAGACAGAGGAAAAAUUAUUUACAUGAAUGAAACUCAAAGAUUGAAUUAUACGUUUAUAUUUAAAAAAGAUACUUGUUACCACUGUGUAAAACUCAUCGUCAGAACAAUUAAUAUUUUGGAAAAAGUUGAAUAAAACGUAUGCGGUGGAUUAAGAAGUGAUCAACAACUAAUAACUCUGUUUUCUGAAAACUAUAAACCCGUUAAUUGCAGAUCAUCGCUUGAAGGUGUAUGGCAGUUUGCUUAUCAGAAUCGAUUUAGAUUUACCGGAGAGUGUAACCAUCCAGAUGCCCAAAUCCGAUCAUGUCAAACAGCUGGAACGCAAUUUUUAAUAACAAACCAAAAAUUCAAUAUUACUUAUAAAAAAUGUGAUAAUAUGAAAGGAACUUUUGAUGGAGUGGUCGAGUACAGUUGUUUGGGUGACUGGUUCGUUGGAAAAAAUCAUUUCUUCGCAGUUGCUAAUACCAAAGAAUCUCGUAAAGAUGAAAAGUAUCGGUGCUUUUUAAAAAAUCGUGAAGAUGAUUUGUACAUAGGAGUAUCAAUUACGGCAGAAUGUAACACACUUAAUACUGUCGAAAAAAGUCCUGAGAGAUUGCACAUAACUCCAGUAAAAGCUGAAGUUGUAAUACCUGGUUGUCGAUUACCACAAAAUAUGUCAGGAGACUGGAUAAAUACUGCUAAUAAUGAUGCCGAUGUAUUUAUUAACGAAACACAUAUCAUUGAAGAGUGGCAUCCUGAUGAAGGUCGGUAUCGAAGAACUAUUUAUGUUUGUCAAGAGCAACGAGAUUCAAGAAUAAUGAUGGCUCGUCUUACUGUUGAUGGAUGUCAAAAAGAUUAUGUAUGUUUUGAUUUUAUACCGCGCCAUCACAAUAUUAUAAGAUUCAGAAAAGGAUUGGCAGUUAUUAAAAACAAUUUCCACACUGUUUGUUCAUGGGUACAAUUUCCUGGCCAAAUUAAGUGGAAAUAUGAUCUACUUUUAGCUAAAUACCCCGUUCCUGUAAGAUGUCCAGUAGCUGGAAAAUUCGCAUUUAAGCAAGCAGGAGAUAUUCUGUUUGAAACAAGAAUCCUGGGGGGAGUUACACUUGCACCUCGACCUAAUACUUACUGUAAAGCAAAUAUAUCUGAUUUCUCAGUAUGUGAUAGUGAUCAAAAAGAAAUAGCUAUCGAUGAGACUUAUUGUCUUUCUGUAGACCAUUUGGGACGUCCUGUGGAUAUUUACAGUGAUCCUGAUUAUCAAAUGAAAUGCAUUGGUUAUUAUAAAGAAAAUUUGAAAUCUUAUUUGAUUACAUUUGACGAAUUAGAUCCCUACAGCAAGUAUCGUUGUUGGGUAUAUCAAAGAGCUGAACUCAACAGAAUUUUAAUGUCUCAGGCGGUUGGCCCGUAUUGUUCUGUGAAUCAAACUGUUAAAAGUUGGAAUUGGACUGAAGGAGCCGCCGUUGCGAUAGACAUGACGGAAUAUGAACGUGAACGAGAUCAGUGUCCAAUGUUCUUCGACGAUGGUACAAAUCCCUGGUUGCUAAGUGAAAGUCACAUAAGAAUUUUCCGAUUUGGAAGUUCUGCUGUUUGUAACACUCCAAGUAUACUGCUAUUCGUGGCUUUACUACUGACUAUUUUUAAAUAA